AGGCUUUUUCCCUCUGACAUUCAGAGCUGAGAAGUCUGUUUCCUGCAUAUUCAAAAGAUUGAGGGCCUAAAGGGGUGCCACAUCCCACUGGGACAGCUUCCAGUUUUUCCCUAGAGACUUGACAUGCGGUGGACGCUGAUGCUGCCGCUGCUGCAGCUCCUGCUACAACUGUUGAUGGUGCAGAGCCAGAGCCUGGAGGGGCUUUCCCAAGAGACUAUCCCACUCCUCCGACUCACUCAACAGGGAGUCUGGGACAGCCACGACCGCCGCGCCACCGACUCUCCCUGCGAGGGGCUCCCCGUCGCGGGAGCCACCGCCCUGAACCUGGCGAACCGCAGCCUGGAGCGCCUGCCCAGCUGCCUGCCGCGCACACUGCGCAGCCUCGACGGCAGCCACAACCUGCUGCGCGCCCUUAGCGAGCCUGUGCUCGCCCGCCUGCCCGAGCUGCGUGUGCUCACGCUGCACCACAACCGCAUCUCCGUGCUGCACUGGGGGCGCGGCACACUAGCCGGGCUGCGUGAGCUCGACCUCAGCUACAACCUGCUGGCCGAGCUGCCGCUCUGCGCCGAGCCCUCGGGGAGCAGCCUGCGCUCGCUGGCCUUGACCGGGAACCCACUGCAGGCGCUGCAGCCACGGACCUUCGCAUGCUUCCCAGCUCUGCAGCUUCUCAACCUCUCCUGCAGUGAGCUGGGUCACAUUGCCCAGGAGGCAUUCGCUGGGGUGGACGGUGGGCCCCUGGCGGCGCUGGAGCUCUUGGACCUGAGUGGCACGAGCCUGGAAAGAGUUGAGUCUGGGUGGAUCAGAAACCUGCCAAAGCUCAAAGCCCUCUACCUGAGAAAGAUGCCCAGGCUGACAACGCUGGAGGGAGACAUUUUCAAGAUGACUCCCAACCUGCAGCAGCUGGAUUGUCAGGGAUCCCCAGCACUUCGGUCUGUCUACACAGAGAUCUUUCAGGACACACCCAAUCUACAAGCUCUUCAGUUCCAGAACUGCAACUUGAGUUCCUUUGGUCCUUGGACUGUGACUUCCUCCCAGGUCUUGUUCAUUAGCCUCUUUGGCAACCCUCUCAUUUGCAGCUGUGAGCUGGCUUGGCUUCUCAUGGACGCAAACAAAACUGUCUUACACAGGGCAGCAGAAACUAUGUGUGAGCCUGCUCUAGGAUCCACGGGCCCCUUCUCAGGCCCCCUGUCCCUCUCCCACCUGUCUAACGUGUGCAGGUCAGACCAAAGCACCACCCUCCAGGCUUCAAACCCACCCCGCUUCAAUCACUCCAUUUCUGCACCACGGACACAGAGGCCUUUCAUUGGACAGAGUGUGGCUCUGUCUGCUCAGCCUGGAAAAAGUCAACAAAAUAUCACCAAAGUUCCCUCCCUCACCAUGGUUUCACCCACCCGGAUGUAUAUAGAUACUUCAGAGGAAACUGCCCAGUACACUACUAACUCUGAGACAGUUGACAGUCCUUCCAGGGCUCUGCCUGGCCGUGCCAGUUCAGGGGCAGAGCAGACUGUCAAACAUAUCCUUGAGCCCAGUGUCUCAUCUGCCUCUACCCCAUUAGUCAGCAAAUACCUUGAACCCUUGCCUACUUCACCGAACCCCAGGAGCAUAUCUCAGACCAACCAGAGGUCACAAGCCACCCCCAAGGCUCUUGACACAGAUCUUCCACAGGACGAGAUUCCAGUUGUGCUGUUAGAUGAUGAUAGCGAGGAAGAGACUCAAGACCAGGUGGCAGCACCUCACCAGGAUGUAUCUUGUGAUUACCACCCCUGUAAGCAUCUGCAGACCCCAUGCGCAGAGCUGCAGAGGCGCUUCAGAUGCCGCUGCCCUGGUCUCAGUGGGGAGAACACCAUUCCAGACCCUCCCACGCUGCAGGAGGUGUCAGAGAUGACUGACACAUCAGUGCUCAUCCACUGGUGUGCCCCCAACUCGGUGGUGAUCUGGUAUCAGAUCCACUACGUGGCAGAAGGAGGAUCUGGGAACCAGUCAGUAGUGGACAUCUAUGCUACUGCCCGGCAGCACCCCCUGUAUAAGCUAUCACCAGGCACCACCUACCAUGUGUGUGUACUGGCAGCCAACAGGGCUGGCCUGAGCCAGCCACAGACCUUGGGCUGGAGGAGGUCAUGUGCCACCUUCACAACCAAACCCAGCUCUGUGGUCAUCUUCUGGGGACUGUGUACUGCCAGUGGCCUGUUACUGGUUAGCACCCUGGUGCUGUCUGUGUGUCUCUGGAGGCAGCGCUGGAAGCCACACAGGGAGUUCUAUGACACAAACCUGGUGGCCUUCAAAAACCCAGCCAGGGCUGAGGAACUAACUCAGUGGUAGCGACUUCCUAGCUUGUACAAGGCCUUGGGUUUACCCUCAGCUUCCAAAUCAGACACAUUUGAGGCCUUGAGUUUACUUCCAGCAACCAGACUAAACAAACCAGCCUUUGAUCACCUGCUGAGGCUCCACAACUUCAAUUAUCCCAGCAUCUCCCAUUCAAAACACAUCUGCAUACAGAAAUGUUCUGAUGCCUAAAGACAGCAUGAGGUCCAAAUUCUCUAAAGCCACCACAUCUCAGGCUCACACAGAACUAUACUGUGUCCUCCUCUGUUGAAGGAAUGAGUGUCACCCUUCCUCCUAUAGUUCUCACUAACCUGAUGUCAGUCUUACUGGCUCCUGUCAUUCUGUGACAUCCCUCAGGUUUGUCAGCACUCAAUAUAUCCCCACUAUAUCCCUCAGUACCAAGUGGGAUACUGCACGGAAAGAGGUGGGUUAACAAAGAAAGCAGUUGUAACAAGGAACACAGCUUCUUUGGAAAAUACCAUCUCUAAGUUUCUUGCAUGGACAUUCCCUUGUGGCCUGAUUUUAGCACAAUGAGUUCUGUUGGCCUUGAGCUGAUGGCCAAGGGAAGAGCUGUUGUGGGUUGUCUAAGGCCUUCUGGAUUCUUACUUGUAUUUCAGGGUGUGUCAAACCAUGUGUUUCCAGCUUUACAGUUAAUAUUGGUCUUCUGGUAACAUUUGUGAGCCACAGGGAAAGGCUUCCAGGGCUUUCUGCAUUUCACCCAAGACACAAUAGACAAAAAUAAUAUGACCUUCGUUGCUUAGACAGGCCUUACUUCACAGCCCACGCUAGCUUCAAACUUGGAUCCUUCUGCCUCUGUCUUUCCAAAUGAUAGGAUUAUAGACAUUCGGAGAGGAGGCAAAACUGAACUCACAGCAGUGCUUAUUUCUAUCAUAAGGAAAAGUUGUUUGAAUGCACCUCUCAUCUUCAGAACAGGCAGUAGCACAAACACAGACAGCAAACAUAUCAAAGCUGGAUAUGAAUCACACUAUACAUUUCUAAGUGGGUAAGUAUCCAGGCAUGCUUUCAACAUUCUAAACUGUAUCCUUAGUCUCAUCAAAUAUAUGCCCAAGAGAAUUUGAAAGACCCCUCUAGA